AUGGCUUCUCGAUUGAGCCCUGAGUAUCUGGCUCAGGAUCGGCGACCGCAGGCACGGAUCGGAAUCUCAGUUGUAACAGUCCUCUCAGGCAUAGUAGUCCUGGUUCGCGUAUAUGCUCGCUGCAAGAUCAUCAGAAGUUUUGGCUAUGAUGAUGGACUGAUAUGUGUGGCUAUGUUGAUAAAUAUAGCUAUCAUGGCACUCACAUUUCAAGUCCUCCGUUAUGGCGCCGGUCUGCACAUCGCAUCCCUGAGUGCCUCAGAUGUCCCCUACUUAUACAAAUGGCUGGUCUCCGCGCAAUUAGCAUACAUGCUAGCUUUAUGGCUAUGUCGUUUAUCCGGAAUCGCCUUUUACCAACGCCUAAACCCGAGGACAGGACCUUAUAGCCUCAUUUUGAAACUAUCCAUCGCCUUUGUGACUUCCAUUUUCAUCACUCAAACAUUGAUUAUUGCUCUCCAAUGUAUACCCCUAUCGGCUCUUUGGGGAGCUACAAAGGGGAAAUGCAUUGGAUCAAAAGCUGUGUUCUAUUCCACAGCUAGCAUGACCAUUAUUUGUGAUUCGCUAAUAUUGUUGCUUCCCAUUUAUAUUAUUUUUACAAUUCAGGCGAAUUUAACGAGAAAAGUUGCCCUGGCUUCCGUUAUGUGCUUUGGCAUUUUCACGUCGAUAUGCCGUAUUCUAGCCAUGAUUCCCGCUAUCGAAGACUCGGAUGCAACAUGGUAUUUCUCCGUGGUCAUGGUUUGGUCCGAUACCGAGGUUAGCACGGCAAUCAUUGCGCUCUCACUGCCAGCUCUAAAGGGAUUAUUCAGCGGGAUGAGAAAUAAACGAAAAGCCUUAUCUGAGGAUGGACGCUACGGCACUUUGACGGAAGAUCGUAAAAUGGAAAAUUUCAAUCGCUUUCGUCACGAGGGAAAUCAACCAUCAGAUUUUUAUGGGGGUAGAACAAGUGAAAGGGAUAGUUCUGGGGUUGUGGGUAAUAAUCCCAGUGAUGAGGCGCUGUGGAGAGAAGAUAUUUGAUUUAUGUGAAUCCUACGGUCAAGCAGGUGUGAGAAACUGAUUUUGAGGAUAGUGUGAAGGUGCUCAAGCCAAUAUCAUUAAGUAGCUGUACGACGAGAAAACUAAGCAUGGAGAUAUGAAGAAGUCUAGGAUCUAGCUGCGAGUUUGAAAGCAUAUAAAUCGACAGCCAAGACAGAGGUCCAACCGGAAAUACACCAGACAUCUCCCUACCCUAUA